GACUCCAUCAUGCUGAACGCUACUGUUAAAGGAUUCUUUGAAACUUCUCAAAAAUUCAGCUAGAUUCUUAAUCCCAAACCGAAGUCUCUGCUGCUGUAAGUGUAAAGAACCUUAUUUUGGAAGUCAAUGUCGUAUGCGAUGUUCGGCUCUCAAAGAAGGGGAUUGGGCACUCAGCGUCUGCUGCUGUCACUUCUCCUCCUUGCAGUCUGGGAGGCUGGCAGCGGCCAAGUUCAUUACUCGGUCCUGGAGGAGGCCAAACACGGCACCUUCGUGGGCCGCAUCGCCCAGGACUUGGGGCUGGAGCUCGCGGAGCUGGUGCCACGCCUGUUCCGAGUGGCAUUGAAGGGUCGCGGGGACCUUCUGGAGGUAAAUCUGCAGAAUGGCAUUUUGUUUGUGAAUUCUCGAAUCGACCGGGAGGAGCUGUGUGGGUGGAGUCUGGAGUGUAGCAUCCACCUGGAGGUGAUCGUGGACAGGCCGCUGCAGGUUUUCCAUGUGGAGGUGGAGGUGAAGGAUAUUAAUGACAAUCCACCGGUCUUCUCUCUCAAAGAACAAAAGCUGCUCAUUCCUGAAUCUAAGCAACCCGGCUCUCAUUUUCCUCUAGAGGGAGCUUCUGAUGCGGAUAUAGGAGAGAAUGCUCUAUUAACCUACAGACUAAGUCAAAAUGAGUAUUUUUCUUUAGAAUUACCAACACAUAGUAAGCAGACUAAAAGACUGUCGCUUACAUUAAAAAAAUAUGUGGAUCGAGAGAAAACUCCAGAACUUAACUUGCUAUUGACAGCUGCAGACGGGGGGAAACCAGAGCUCACUGGCACCGUUCAGCUUUUCAUCCAAGUCUUGGAUAUUAACGACAAUGAUCCGGAAUUUGAGCAAUCAGAAUACAAGGUGAGAUUGAUGGAAAACGCUGCUAAAGAAACAUUUGUGAUAAAGCUAAACGCCACAGAUCCAGACGAAGGAGUCAAUGGGGAGAUAAACUACUCCUUGAUGUCAGUGAAGCCCAAAGGAAAACUCUUGUUUACACUAGAUGCAAAUAACGGAGAAGUGAGAGUCAAUGGAACUUUAGAUUAUGAGGAAAACAAGUUUUAUGAAAUUGAAGUACAGGCCACAGAUAAAGGGAAUCCCCCAAUGGCAGGUCACUGUACAGUCUGGGUAGAAAUAUUAGACGCCAAUGAUAAUGCCCCUGAAGUCACCGUGACUUCCCUGUCUCUCCCAGUACGAGAGGACACCCAGCCUAGCACUGUCAUUGCGCUGAUCAGUGUAUCCGACCGUGACUCUGGUGCCAACGGGCAGGUGAUCUGUUCUCUAACGCCAAACGUCCCUUUCAAGCUCAUGUCCACGUUCAAGAAUUACUAUUCGUUGGUGCUGGACAGCGCCUUGGAUCGCGAGAGCGUGUCGAAC